CUCCAGCAUCCUCCAGUGUGAGCUGCAGGCGGUUGACUCAUCCGCUGCGUGGUUGAAGGCGACAGUUGGACGGCGUGGGCAAGCAGCUCGGACCUGCUUCCAUCUAGUUCCUGACACUUGGCUUUAGAAGCAGAGGGGUCCAAGCCGGGCAGAGCAGGAUGGGAGCUGGAGCCAGUGCUGAGGAGAAACGCUCCAGAGAGCUGGAGAAGAAGCUGAAGGAGGAUGCCGACAAGGAUGCCAGAACUGUGAAGCUGCUGCUGCUAGGUGCUGGAGAAUCAGGCAAGAGCACUAUCGUCAAACAGAUGAAGAUUAUCCACAAAGAUGGUUACUCGCUUGAAGAGUGCUUGGAGUUCAUCACCAUCAUCUACAGCAACACCCUGCAGUCCAUCAUGGCCAUCGUCAAGGCUAUGAACACACUCAACAUUAACUACGGCCAUUCCGAUCAGCAGGACGAUGCCAGGAAACUCAUGCAUCUUGCAGACACCAUCGAGGAAGGCACCAUGCCCAAAGAGCUGUCAGACAUCAUUCUGCGCCUGUGGAAGGAUUCAGGCAUCCAGGCCUGCUUCGACAGAGCCUCAGAGUACCAGCUCAACGACUCCGCUGGAUACUACCUGAAUGACUUGGAGCGACUGAUCCAGCCGGGCUACGUGCCCACCGAGCAGGAUGUGCUGCGAUCAAGAGUGAAGACCACUGGUAUUAUUGAGACCCAGUUUUCCUUCAAAGAUCUCAACUUCAGAAUGUUUGAUGUGGGAGGUCAGAGGUCAGAGAGGAAGAAGUGGAUCCAUUGUUUCGAAGGCGUCACCUGUAUCAUCUUCAUCGCUGCUCUGAGCGCCUACGACAUGGUGCUGGUGGAGGACGACGAAGUGAAUCGAAUGCACGAGAGUCUGCACUUGUUCAACAGUAUCUGCAACCACCGUUACUUCGCCACCACCUCCAUCGUACUCUUCCUGAACAAGAAGGACGUCUUCAUCGAGAAGAUCAAGAAGGCUCAUCUCAGCAUGUGCUUCCCCGAAUAUGACGGUCCCAACACCUAUGAAGACGCUGGUAACUACAUCAAGGUCCAGUUCCUGGACCUGAACAUGCGCCGAGACAUCAAGGAAAUCUACUCCCACAUGACCUGCGCCACAGACACAGAGAACGUCAAGUUUGUGUUCGACGCCGUAACCGACAUCAUCAUCAAAGAAAACCUGAAGGAUUGUGGUCUCUUCUAAGGGCCAAAUAGAGACACCGAGUAAAGCUGUCAAGUGGAAAUUUUAC